UUCCAUAAAAGGGUGUUCUCAGUCAGCUUUCUCUUUUUUUUUUCUCCAUCUCAUUCUAUAUUAGUGCUAAACAUUAAAAAGUUUCAAAGGCAUCUGUCCCCCCCUGACCCUGUUACUCUGUUUUCUUACAGUUUCAAGAAUUCAAAUCUCUGUCUUUUUAUCUCUUUAUUCAGAUUAGUGUUUCUUGUGAAGAAUGUGUUUAAUAUGCAUCUGACUGUUCUUUUUUUUUUUGUGCAUUUUGAUCAAGAAAGUUGGUGAACUGAGGUGGUGAAAGAUGGAUUCAGGGGAUGAUUCUGGUCCAAAACAGAGGAGAACUAGACAACAGUUUUUGAAAUAUUGUGUUGAUUUUAUUGAGAAAAGGAACAGGUCAUGUCAAAAUGGUAAUCUUACUCCGUCUUCUUCGACUUGUUCUGUGAAUAUUGGAAAAGAGGGUGUGAGUUGUGGGAGGAAAAGAAAAAUGGUGGUUUCUGAAGGUGAUAAGAGAAGAAUGGGAAAAUGGUCAGAAGAUGCAAGAAAGUUAAGAAAAGGGAAAAAAAAAGUGGAUAAUGGGAGGAGGAGCAAGUUCAGUCCAGGAACUUGUGAGUCUAUCAUGAAACGGCCUUACGUGGAGGAAAUACUUGAUGAAGAUGAUUCAGAGGAUGAUUCUGAUGAUGAUACGGAUGAUGAUUCGGAUGAUGAUGAUGUUGUUAUCAUUGAAGAGGAGGAAGAGAGUAAUAUGUUGAAUGCAAAAGAUGAGGAGGUUGUUUCAUCUACCUCAAGCAUGUGUGGUAGGACACCGGUGAAGUCGGUGGAAGUGUAUACUGAUAGCACCUCAUCUUCUGAGUCUGAGUCGGAUUCUGAAGCUUCAAGUGAUGAGGAUAAUGAUGACCCUGAAGAUAAGAAUUACGGGUUGAUUGAAUCAUCAAGUUCUAGCCAAUGUGAUGAUGUAAUAAGUGAUUCUGAUGAUACGGAAUCAGAAGAUGAAAAGAAUGAAGAAGGUAAAAAAGAGUCGAACGGGGUGUUAGUAUCUGAGUUUGUUGUUGAUAGUGAAAAGCAGAAGAAAGGCCGAGCAUAUCUUUUACGUGCACGUUCACUUUCUAAGUCCAAAAAGAAGUUGAAUAAUGGAAAUGAAAGUAGCAGCCCAAUUCUUCUUACUGAUGAGGAGGAGUUUGAUGACUCGGGGUCUGAUGGCGAGGAGUCUAAAUCUGAAGAGGAUUGCCAGGUUGAUGACUCGGUGAAGAAUGUUGUUCAAAAGGAUGUUGUUCGAAAGGACAGGAGGACUGGAAAGAAGAUGCUUGAAGAUUCUGAAUUUAUGAAGUUUGUCGUUGAUUCUAUCAUAAAUGUUGAUGGUCAUGAUAUACUUACUCCUUUUGAAAAGAAGGAACAGGUUCCUGUCAAGGAAACACUUCCUUUAGUAUUUCGGUUUGAAGACGAGGAACCUCCUCCCCCUGAGAAAGAAGAAUGGGAAAGGGAAGUUGAAGAUCUUUUUGCUGAAAUGCAGAUGUGUAUCUUAGAGUCAGAUAUUGGCUUUACAAAUCCAUCCGUAUCGGCGAUGCAGAGUGGAAAUUUAAAUGACUGUCAGAUGGGGAACCACCAACUUGUUCUAGAUGAACAGAUCGGGCUCAUCUGUAAAGUUUGUUCCUAUGUGCAUUUGGAGAUCAAGUACAUCUUCCCUUCUUUUGCUCAGAGAACUCGAGGGAGAUAUGAAAGAAAACAUUUAGGACAGUCGCCAUUACUCUUGGAUGUUGGUGGCUUCAGAUUCUCUGAUUCUUCUGCAGUCGAAGAUUCUCUGAUUAAUGAAGAAGGAACUGUGUGGGAUUUAGUUCCCCAAAGAGCCAAAUCAACUAUGUAUCCUCAUCAACGUGGUGGAUUUGAGUUUAUGUGGAAAAACGUCGCUGGAGAUACAAAUCUCGAGAGGCUGAGACAGCCCCUAUCUGAUAGCAAAGGAGGAUGCAUAAUCUCACAUCCACCUGGCACCGGGAAAACCCGUCUCACCAUAGUAUUUCUUCAGUCAUAUUUGAAGCUGUUUCCAAAGUCUCGACCUGUAAUCAUAGCUCCUUCCAGUUUGCUGCUCAACUGGGAAGCUGAGUUCCAGAAAUGGGAGGUUGACAUUCCCUUCCACAACUUGAACAGCAAAGAUUUCUCUUUACAGGAAGAUGAAGCUACAGUGAGAGUCUUUCGCUCUUUAUCCCAUGCGGGAAAAAGAAAUCCACACCUUAUACGAAUGGUGAAGCUGGGAUCCUGGGUUAAAGGGAAGAGUGUUUUGGGGAUAAGCUAUGACUUGUUCAGGAUUCUUACUGCAGAUGAUGGAGACAGUUACGCCAAACCGAUUAGAGAAAUCCUUCUUAAAUAUCCUGGUCUUCUGGUACUUGAAGAAGGGCACACUGCUCGGAAUGAGCAAAGCCUUGUCUGGAAAGCUUUGAAAAAGGUUGAAACUGAGAAGCGCAUAGUUUUGUCUGGGACUCCUUUCCAGAAUAACAUCAAGGAGUUAUACAACACUCUCUGUGUAGUCAGUCCAAAGUUUGCUGCAGAUUUGGAGCAGAAAUGGGCUUCUCUUAGCAGUUCCAUCGACAAGAAUGCCCGAGCAUUGGAAGAGCUUAGAGACAUUAUUUCACCACUUGUCCAUAAGUGUAGUGAAAAUGUAAAGAAGGUAAGCCUACCGGGUAUAAGGGACACUGUAAUUCACUUGAAACCCACAGAUUUGCAGAAGGAGUUGCUUAGAAGGAUUCCUGAGAAUCCAAGCUCCUUUUAUGAACAAAAUCUGGUGUCUCUUAUCUCUGUUCAUCCUUCAUUAGUGGCCAAUAGGAAGGAGUUCUCUGACUUAGAAAGUCAGCUAAAAGAGAGAGGCUGUCGGUUGGAUCCAGAUACCGGAGUAAAAAUGAAAUUUGUUGUUGAGCUCAUCAGACUUUGUGGUGGGCGGAAGGAGAGGGUUAUUAUAUUUAGCCAACUACUUGAUCCUCUAAACCUGAUCAAGGAGCAACUCAAUUCUCUCUUUGACUGGACUUUAGGUCGGGAGAUUCUCUAUAUGGAUGGGAAGCUUGACGUGAAGCAGCGGCAGAUAUCUAUAAAUUCUGUUAAUGACCCUAAGAGUGAUGUAAAAGUGCUGCUUGCAUCCAUAAAAGCCUGUUCAGAAGGAAUAAGUCUGAUAGGGGCCUCAAGAGUGGUUUUGCUUGAUGUUCUCUGGAAUCCCUCAGUAGAACAGCAAGCCAUCAGUCGAGCUUACAGGAAUGGGCAGACCAAAUUUGUGCAUGUUUACUGUCCAGUAACAUCAAAAUGGGAGGUUGACAAGAUUGAACAGCAGACGAGAAAAAAGUACCAUUCAGAUGUUCUUCUGUCUAAGAAUAAUGAAGCCAAGAUGGAUUCUGUGUCAGAAGAUAACAUACUAGAAUCCAUGGUUGAGCAUGAAGGCCUCCGUCAUAUUUUUGAAAAGCUCUCUCAUGCACCACGUGUAGUGCCGCCUACAACAUGCCUUAAUUCUUGUCCUCCAAAACCAAGCAGUUAGAUCAGUUGGAGCAUUUUUUUGGGUUGCGAAGGACAUUUGUUUGAGGAAUUUUUGAAGCCAUCCAUCAUUACAGGUACUUUGAUGCAGAUUCACAUGAAGAAUGCAGCUAAUAUUAGGAGUUUUCAUCACCCUUAAGAUGUUCUUGUAACUGCAUUAACAUUGCUUCAUGUCUAUUUAUUUAUACACUUCACAUCAUAUAUUAUGAUUUCGAUGAUUUUAAAA